AUGAUUGGAAAAUUUCAUUACAUGCAUGUUAUAAUUUAUAAAUUGCAUAAGACAAAAAUUUUCGAGGUUUUAUCGCAGUUAAAUUCGCGUGUUAUUGAUUUCACUGAACAAUUUUGUUUGUGA